CCGUAGCUCUAGCCCGACGUUCGGGAUCUCAACGCGGAUCUCGCAAGGUACCUGGGGCUCUGGCUUCUCGGCUUUCAAAUAUUGUGCCCGUGACUCCCAGAUGUUGUUGAAUCUGAAUGUCUCCGUUCCACCACCUCAUUCAACCUUUUCGCUUUUCCUUUGAGAUACCCAGUGCUCCUGUCGUUCCCGUUCUUCUUUGCACAUUUCCGUUUCUGAGAUACCCAAACAGGAAAUCAUGGUUGGCUCAGCUGAUAGACACCUGAGCCCCAGCCACUAUGACAUUGUCAUUGUUGGCGCCGGCCCCGUCGGCUUGAUGCUGUCGACCUGCCUGGCGAGAUGGGGUUACAAGAUCAAGCACAUCGACAACAGGGCGGAGCCCACUCCGACUGGCCGGGCUGACGGUAUCCAGCCCCGUUCGCUCGACUUGCUCCGGAACAUGGGCCUCAAGUCGGCCAUCAUGGCUCACAAGCCCGCUCGUGUCUAUGAAGUGGCCUUCUGGGACCCGCCAAAGGCCGGCAAGGGCAUUGUCAGGACCGGCACCUGGGCCAGCUGCCCCAGCUUCAUCGACGCCAGAUACCCCUUUACCACCCUCCUUCAUCAGGGCCUGAUCGAGCGCGUCUUUAUCGCCGACCUCGAGAAGAACGGCGUCAAGGUCCAGAGGCCGUGGACCAUCAAAGCCUUCACGUCCAACGAGAAGGAGAAUCCCGAUUACCCGGUCACGGUUGAUCUGGAGCAUGUCGAUGGCACCGCCAAGGAGACCAUCAAGGCGAAGUACCUGUUUGGCGGCGAGGGUGCGCGGUCAUUUAUCCGUGACCAGCUCAAGAUCGGCAUCAAGCACAAAGACCCCAUUGCCUACGUGUGGGGUGUCAUGGACGGCGUCGUCAAGACAGACUUUCCCGAUAUCAAGAUGAAAUGCACAAUCCACUCCGAGCACGGCUCUAUCAUGGUUAUUCCGCGCGAGAACAACAUGGUCCGUCUCUAUAUCCAGAUCGCCUCCUCUACCGACCCCGACUUCAACCCACGGAAAACAGCGACCGCGGAGGAAGUCCAGGCCUCCGCCAAACGAAUCCUGCAGCCCUACUCGAUCGAGUGGGAGAGGGUGGAAUGGUACUCUGUCUAUCCCAUUGGCCAGGGUAUCUCUGACAGAUACACUCUGGACCACCGCGUCUUCCUCGGCGGUGAUGCCUGUCACACCCACAGCCCCAAGGCCGGCCAGGGGAUGAACACGGCGUUCCUGGAUGCGCUCAACCUUGCGUGGAAAAUCCACGCCGUUGAGGCCGGCUUCGCCAACCGCGAGAUCCUUAAGACGUACGAGCCUGAGCGCAAGGACGUCGCCGAGACGCUGCUGGCCUUCGACAACAAGUACGCCAAGCUCUUCUCCCAGCGGCCGCCCGCCGCGAACGAAGUCGCCGCUGCCUCAGCCCAGGCCAACAGCGACCACGAAGAGAACGAGUUCAUCAAGACCUUCAAGGAAUCCUGCGAGUUCACCAGCGGCUACGGCGUCGCCUACAAGGCCAACGCCCUCAACUGGUCCCCCUCCCACCCGGCCCAGUCGCACGUCGUGCACCCCAACUCCACCAAGCUCGUUCCGGGCCGCCUGCUCAUCAACGCCGAUGUCACUCGCGUCGUCGACGCCAACGUCGUCCACCUCGAGCAGGAAAUCCCCCUGAACGGCUCAUUCCGCAUCUUUGUCUUCGCCGGCAAACCAACCACCACCGCCCAGGCCCUGCGCGACCUCGCGACCAACAUGGCCAAGAAGGAUUCGUUUUACACCGCCUACACCCGCCCGGACAUCGACCGCGUCAGCCACCAUGAGCGCCAUAACCCGCACUCGCUCUUCUUCACCAUCUGCACCGUGUUUGCCGCGCGCCGCCCCGAGAUCGAGAUCUCGCGCGACCUGCCCCCGCUGCUGGCCCGGUACAGGGACCACGUGUACGCCGACGACCGGUGGGACCGCCGCGUGCCAGAGGCUAAAGCGUGCGCGCACGCCAAGAUGGGAUUGGACGAGGAGAAAGGCGGCGUGGUGGUCGUCCGGCCGGACGGGUACGUUGGUGUCGUGGUGGCACUGCAGGAGGGGAGCGCCACGGUCGAUGCACUGAAUGCGUACUUUGGGGCGUUUUGUUCCAAGAAGCUUGGAAAGACGCAGGCGCAGCUGUAAGGGGUAGGAGGGAGAUAGUGGGAAAUCGGAUAAUGAUCGUUGAUUUAUGAUGUAUAGAUGUGUAAAGGGUCAUGGGACGUUCUCUCGUUGCAACUGGAGCCUUAAUGGAGGCCGGCGGGAAGGUUGCGUUGCUAUUACAUUUGUACAUAUUUCGGACCUAGUGUCAUGUAUAUAAACAGACUCUGAAGUUUGACCUUCGUGCUC